AUGGCUUUGAAGAGAGAAGCAUUAGGUCUUGUUUUCAUGAUUUCUUUGAUGGUUCUUUGUGGAGCCUGUUAUGGUGCCGUUUACAGGGUCGGUGACUCUGCUGGAUGGACUAAUCAAGGCGGUGUCGAUUACAAGUCAUGGGCUUCCUCCAAGACCUUCUAUGUCGGGGACAUAAUUGUGUUUGAAUACGACAAAGGGCGGGACAAUGUGGUUCUAUUAUCGCCGCUAUCUUCCUUGUUCUGCUUCGUUUCGCAUCCCAUGGCGACUUACUCCACCGGCAAAGACUACGUCACCUUGUACAAGCCAGGCUUCUUUAACUUCGCUUCUGGUUUCCCAGGCCACUGCAAAAAAGGCGAAAGGCUUUAUUUAUUGGUCCACCCAGUGCCUUCCACGAGCCCAGUUGUUAGUCCAGCUCCAAGCCCAAAUCCAUUUCUGGAUUGGAGUUGGAUUCCUAUGGUUGGAAGUCCAGCUCCAGGCCCAGAUCCAACAGUAACACAAUGUGAUGGAAAUCAAAUGAUCAACUUCUAUGAUUUCCCCUUCUGCAACACAUAUUCUCCUGUGGUCAUUUACUCCGGCGGCAGUCACUCCAUCACUCUCAACAGGCCGGCGACUUCUACUUCAUCUGUGAGAGGAGCUGUUCUUCUGUCUCUCAUGGUUUCUCUUAUGGCCCUUUGUGGUUCCUGUUAUGGUGGUAUUGUUUACAAGGUCGGGGAAUCCGCUGGGUGGUCUAGCGCUGGCUUUUUUGAUUACAAGACCUGGUCCUCUACUAAGACCUUCCACGUCGGGGACACUAUUGGUACAUGA